AUGUCAGCAAACAAUUUGGACCCAACAACCUUUUUAAAAAAUGAUAUUGUCGGAAAACCAGUGAUUGUUAAAUUAAAUUCUGGUGCUGAAUAUAGAGGAGUUUUAACCUGUCUAGAUGGAUAUAUGAAUGUUGCUUUGGAACAAACAAAGGAAUAUGUUGAUGGAGUGCAGACUGGAACAUACGGAGACGCUUUUAUUAGAGGAAAUAAUGGUAGGUAG